AUGGGAACGACGACGCUGUCGGAAAGCCGCAGCAGGAUGGGAACCGCCGUCGCCGAGAGGCGCACGGAGCUGCGCCGUCGCACGUUUGAGAUGAUUGACGAUGAGGAGGAGGACGAAGAGUUGACGGCGCGCGAGGAGCUCGCCAAGUUCGGCAACGAGAACGAUAGGCGCGACAUGGCCCGCAUGGGCAAGAUCCAAGAGAUGAGGAGAAACUUCAAGUCCCUAACCGUGCUGGGGUUCUGCGCCAUUCUCAUGUGCUCAUGGGAGUCGCUUUUGAGCACCGCCUCACUCGCACUCACAAAUGGCGGCUCGGCCGGGCUGAUCUACACGUGGCUCAUCGCCUGGGCCGGCUUCAACGCCGUGUACGCGUCCAUGGCCGAGAUGGCCUCGGUGGCGCCCACCACCGGCGGGCAGUACCACUGGGUGUCUGAGUUUGCGCCGCCGGGCUACCAGGCCUUUCUCAGCUACGUUGUUGGCUGGCUCGGCGUCCUCGGAUGGCAGACGCUCGUCACGUCCAUCGCCUUCCAGGCCGGCACCGAGAUCCAGGGUCUUCUCGCCCUCAAUUACGACGAGUACGUGCCCUUGCGCUGGCACGGCACGCUGCUCGUCAUCGCCGUCGUCGCCUUCGCGCUCGUCUUCAACACGCUGCUCGCGUCGCGCCUCAACCUCGUCGAGGGCGCCAUCCUCGUGGUGCACGUCUUCGGCUUCUUCUGCGUGCUGGUACCGCUGUGGGUGCUCGCGCCGCGCACGCCUGGGAGGGUCGUCUGGACGCAGUUUCACGACGGCGGCGGCUGGGGCAACGUGGGGCUGUCGACGCUCAUCGGCCUCAUCACCAGCGUGCUGCCGCUACUGGGCGCGGACGCGUCGGUGCACAUGGCGGAGGAGGUGCAGGACGCGGCGCGGACGCUGCCGCGGAGCAUGAUGUGGUCGAUCAACCUCAAUGGGUUGAUGGGGUGGCUGACGGCGAUUACCUUUUGCUACUGCAUUGGUGACCUCGACCAAGUGUUGCAAACACGAACCGGAUAUCCCUUUAUCCAGGUCAUUUUCAACGUCACGCAGUCGUAUCCGGCGACCAACUUCCUCACUUCAAUCGUGCUGCUCAUGGCCACUUUUUCGUGCGUCACCAUCAUGGCGUCGGCCUCGCGGCAGCUCUUCGCCUUUGCACGCGACCGAGGGCUGCCGUGCUCCGCGUGGCUCGCGCGCGUGCACCCCAAGCUCGGCGUGCCCGUCAACGCCGUGGUACUAUCCGCGGCCAUCUCGGUUCUACUAUCGCUUAUCAACAUUGGCAGCACCGUCGCCUUCAGCAGCUUGGUGUCGCUGGGCUCCGGCACGCUCAUGAUCUCAUACAUCGUCUGCAUCGGGUGCUUCGCGUGGCGGCGGUGGUGUGGCGGCCACGUCAAGGGCGCGCCCGCGAUACCGGCGGCGCCGUUUUCGCUCGGCGCGUGGGGCUUGCCAGUCAACGCGGUGGCCGUGUCCUUCCUGCUGCUCGUCUUCGUAGUCGCCUUUUUCCCAGCGUCGCCACUACCGAACCUCAACGCCGCGUCGAUGAACUGGUCGUCGGUCAUCCUGACGGUCGUGGUGGUCUGGGCGAUGGCAUACUACUUCAUCUGGAGCCGGCACGUGUACGAGGGCCCGGUCAAGUUCGUCAAGAGAGCCGCGGAGGACGAGCUGGACUGGGGAGCCAGUCAACAGUCGAGAACUCUAUAG